ACAACAUUAAAAGUUGUGUCAUUUGCAGUUUGAGCUGCAGAGCAGAUCUACCAGGACACAUUUACCCAGACGUCUUAGGAUCAAUGGACGAAAUAUACGCAAACGCUGAACAUGUCAAGUCUGUUGAGUCAAGACGUUCAGUAGAUCAGACAGGUGUCAGGGACUCACACAGGAGACGUCAUGGAGCUGCUGUCGUGUGUCUGGGGCUGCUGAGUGUUUUCCUGGUGGCUGGGCUCAUUGGCCUCGGGCUCCACUAUCAUAACGUGGUACGUGGUGCAGCAGCAGAAACCUCAGCUGUCAAAGCCAACCUGACCGAGCUUCUACAGACCAGUAAUGACAAACUGUCUUCAGUUAUGAAGGAGCGUGACCAGCUGAAGGCCAACCUCACUGUAAUGGAGCAGAGAGACAGGAUGCUCAGACUGUCCAGACAGAACAAAAGUUGUCCUACAGGAUGGAAGAAGUUUGGAUAUUCCUGUUAUCAUGUCUCCAGUCAGUCUGGGUCCUGGACAAAGGGAAGAGAAGAAUGCAGAAAGAGUGGAGCAGACCUGGUGGUGGUCGACAGCGCUGAGGAGCAGACUUUCCUCACUAAAUUGACUAAACAGGAAAGCUGGAUUGGUUUGAGUGACUCAGACAAAGAGGGGACCUGGAAAUGGGUCGAUGGAAGUCCGCUGACUGUGACGUUCUGGGCUCAUAAUCAGCCUGAUAACGGCAACGGUGACCCACGAUUUGGGGAAGAAGACUGUGUUCACAUCAGAACAUAUUCCACAGAUAAAUGGAACGAUUGCUUAUGUGAAGCCUCACUACUGUGGAUCUGUGAAAAAAACCUUUAGAGCUUUGAUGAUUAAAGCAUUUCAUAUCUAAAUACUUCAGUAAACAGACAAGAAACAUCAUCUUCAAUAUGAAUUAAUAUAAGAACUUCAAGGUUAUAAUUCGUCAAACAAUUUUGUUGACUUUAUUAUGUAACUGUUAGUAGAUUAUUUAAAAUACCUGUAACGUGGCAUUGAUUUAAGGGAGGUCAAACAUUUUAGGUGUCUGUUAGAAUUGUUUGGGGUGAGGGGUCAUUGUAGGUCAUACACUGUGAGUGAGUGGCUUUAAAAAAGGAAGCGUGUGAACACAUAAAUGUUAAGUUGUCGUUUCCUGAUAAAGAAGUGGAACUCAGAAUUCUCACGGUAACAGUAGAACAGCAGCUAAUCAUUUUUACACAAUGUAACAUGAAAUAAAUGCAUACAAACCAUAGAAUCAGAAUCAGUUUUAAUUGUCAAGUUUGCACAGGACAACCAAGAAAUUAUAGGUGGUCUGACUCUGUCUUUGUUCCCUCUUGUGGCAAAAAACACAAAUUGUUUUAUCAUUAUUAUUUACACAAAAAAAAUGAUGCAUUGAUGCUUGAUGCCCGUGUUUAGAGUCUGGCCUGAUAAAGGAAGCUCAGUCCUGAUGAUCUUUUCUGCUGAACGGACCAUCCACUGGAGUCCUUGUCUGUCCUGCUUGGUGGCUGAACCAAACCACACAGUGAUGGAGGUGCCGAGGACAGACUGGAUGAUGGCC